UUUAAGACGUGAAACGAUUACUUUAAGCAUGAAUGUUUCUCACAGGCUCUUUUAAACGUUUGAGAACUACCAACAUUGUGUUUAACCGUUGAAUGAUCUUUGUACACUGGUUUAUGUCAUUCAUAUCGUUCAGUGAAGUCCCCUCAGUACACGACCUUUGGACUACAUCACUCGUCUCGACGUCAUCCAGUCUGUCACCAGAAUUCCUUCCUAUAAAAUCCGGGACAUUCGCUCAAUCCUCAUUAGAGCAACUGAGAGUCGACUCGUGAAUUUUGUUCAGACAGCACAACAGAUUUUCUGCUAAUUACAGUGACAUGGCUUCUGUGGACGUUGUGAAUAACCAGAAUGUGGUUGAUCGAAUAGUUCACCUUCCCUUGGUUAUUUCCACCUAUGGCAUGGUGUCAAAUGUGUACUGCAACACCAAGAACAACCAUCCAUACUUGAAGUCUGUGUGUGAGGUGGCUGAGAAUGGUGUGAAAUCCAUAACCUCAGCUGCUUUUUACAGUGCUUUACCAAUCAUUGGCAAACUAGAGCCUCAGAUCUCUAUUGCAAAUGACCUGGCGUGCAAAGGACUGGAUAAGAUAGAGAAGACUCUGCCGAUCCUACACAAGCCGUCUGAUCAGAUUGUCGCCAAUGCCAAAGAGGCAGUGCAGGACAGCAUGGAAAAGACCAAGACGGUGGUUAGCAGUGGAGUCCAAACGAUGAUGGAGAGCAGGGCGGUCAAACUGAUGAGCAGCAGAGUGGACACAGCGCUGAGCACAUCUGAGACUCUGCUGGAGCAGUACUUACCUGAAGCUGAGGAUGUGAAAGAAUGUGAAGUGAAGAACACUGAAGGAUUUGAGAAUAACAGUGAAGCAUCCAGUUACUUCGUUCGACUGGGGUCUCUCUCCAGCAAAGUCAAGGACAGGGCUUACCAGAGAGCUGUUGAAAAGAUUGAAUAUACCCGUUCACUGAUGGGCUGGAAGACCGGGAGUCAAGAUGAGAACGAGACAGUGACAGACAAUGAAGCUGAGGAAACAGAAUCACGCACACUGACCAUUGCCUACAACCUCAGCCAGCAACUUCAGACCACAUAUCUGGUCUUGGUGUCCAGCCUCAAAGGUCUCCCUCAGCACGUCUCGGUCCAGGUCACCUCUGUCAGCCAGUCCGCCAUAGAGAUAUACAGCAGCUUCAGAAAGACGGCCGCCAUAGGAGAUAUGCCCAGUACCAUACUCGUCAUCAGUCGAUCUCAGCUGAGCAGAAUAGGAGAAUCCAUGGAUAACGUCAUGGACUACCUAGUCAACAAUACACCUCUCAAUUGGCUGGUAGGUCCGUUUUACCCACGCGUGCAGCGCAGUACUGCAAACGGCCCCAAAAGUAACAAACAAAGUACCCUUCAGCCUGAAGUGGAGAUACAGUCAGUGAAUGAAGACAGAUGACAUUUCAGAAUAUUACCAUUUGUUUAUAUCUUACAAAUAUAUGUACAAUCACACAUUCCUCCCAGUAAAAUUCAGUAAAACAUUUUCUGUGAAAACAAUCAUAUUAAAUAAACAGCAUUUUACUGAAUAAUAUUUCGGAAGUAUCUAUACUUUACUAUUCUAAGCCUGCAUAUGUCUAAUCCAGUUAGGCAUAAAUAGUGCCUUUUACACACUAUUUAAUCUGCUGUCUUUUUAUUGUUUUUGUACAUUUCUAAUAAAAAAUACACUUACAAUA